AUGGAAACAAUCUUGCGUCAAGUAAUGGCUAGGACCGGGAUUGACAGGGAGACAAAUGCUAUGGGAUCGUGGCCGUCCCCCGAGGAGGUGGCUCGCCAAGGUCUUCGGACCGCUACGGGUCAUAUCCUCGAGAAUAUCGGGUUUUCAUCUGUGUCUGGAGAAUCUUUAAAUGUCCUCACUGAUGUUAUGCGACGAUUUAUGGUUGAGCUGUGGUCUCGAAGCAAGCUUUUUGCAGAACAUGCUUGCCGAACAGAAAUUACUCCUGACGAUAUGGGCCUCACCUUCAGCAGGUUGAAAUUUUCAACAGUUGAAAUGCGUGAUUAUCUUUUGCAAGUAGGGAAUGUUGGUCAGCCUAAGCCGAUGUGCCAAUUUCCUAUCCCCCAUCCGAAUGCUAGACCAUUGUUUGCACCUCAGCCAAGCGCAAAGGAGCUUGAGGAUCGCCCUGCUCACAUACCUUCCUUUUAUCCAGCUGCCCAUCCAGAAUGGACAACUGAUGGUGCCGAUUAUCUCGCUGUUAUGAAGCCCUCAACUUCAGUGGAGAAGAAAGGAGGUCCGGCGGAUUUUCCUGACUUCGCAAAAAUGGAUGCAAAAUCGUUGGGAUUAUUUCGGCGUUGUCAUGAGGAGCCGUCUUUUUUGGAUACCAGCAAAGAUCACAGCUCAGCUACAGGAAUUCAAAGCAGUGCGAAUCUGUCUUCACUUAAACUCCAACAGGGCACUAGCAAUGAAUUGAAUGUGAAUACCUCAACUUUCCGAAAGAAGGGCAAAGGCAAUAGUAGCCAUAAGGAUCUUCACGGCGUCUAUCCCUCGUCUCCAGUACCUUCCCCCAUAUCAGCGCACUUCAAGCGCACAGAACAAUCCACUAGUAGAUCAGAGUCGCCCUCAUCGCGUUUAACUGUGACACUACCUCGCAAACAAGAAAAGCCACUGAAGUCAACGCCUACUAAGAUAAAGAAGGUGAAUAACGUAGUCAUGGGUUUCGCAACCGAUGUGGAAACUCCAAACUCUUCUCCAAUGCCAAAGCUUGAAAGCCAAAAUACAGCGGAGAACAUUUCAUCAACUCCAAGAGAAGUAGCUUCAGUGAGAAACUCUCCCGCUUCCAAAUCAGUUCCACAACGACCUGUCCCGGAGCCUGAAACAGCUCUUGCGUUGCAAAGUAUCCUUCUUGCGCAUGUAAAGGAGGAUUUGAAGAAAGAGAAGAAACAACGAGAAAAGAAGGGAAAACAAAAGGAAAAGCGCAAGCAGGAGGAGCAAGAGCAACUUCGUAAGCAAGAGCAGGAGAUCCGCGAACAGCAGCGCAUUGCUGAAGAGCAAAGACUGGAAAAGGAACGAGUUGAGCAGCUGCAGGCUGAAGAGAAAGCCCGUUUACAUCUCCUGGAGCUUACUCGAGAUACCGCUACGCCUCCAAUGAGGCAAGAGAUACCUGAAGCAUCGCCGAAGUCCUUGAAGAUUGUCAUUAGUAAUCCUCACAGCGAUUCGGCCAGUUCUGCUUUUUCACCUCCGCCACAAACACCACAAGCUAUGUCCGAAAUACGUCUCACUGCGUCUCCUACGACUGAUCCCCAUUACGACAAUGACUCGGAUACCAUACCAUUCUUUGAUGAUGCUGUUCCUGUAGCUACCGACGAAACGCCGGUACCAUUGGUAACCGCGUUCCCUCCCAACAUAGACGUGCAUGAUUCUACGUCGCAGCAUCAUAAGAAAAAGAAGAAGAAGGAUAAGGACAAGGAAAAAGAUCGUUCAAAGUCUCCACACAAGAAAGAUAGGAAGAAGGACAAAGAGCAUAAGAAAAAGAAAAAGAAAAGAGAACAUGACAGAAGUCAUGAAAGAGAUGAAGAGGAACACGGAGAGCAGAAACAUGCUAGAAGCAGCUCGACUGGAAAAGAGUCCUCGCAUGAACCAAAGUUCACACUAAAAAUUCGUAUCGGUGAUCAAACCUCAACUACUGAGACGGUGGCUGAGCCCAGUCCGCAGUUGGAGACGGUCAAAAUCAAGUUUAAAAACCUUCCAGUUGAAGAGCCCAAGAAAGAGGAGCAGAAAUCUGUGCCACCACUGAAACUAGGUUCGUUAUCAUCGCAAAAGGAGACAAAUGAAGAAUCUAACCAUUCAGAGCCGAAACGAAAGUUUUACACUAAAGCUGAGUUAAAAGCUCCACCCACAUCGUACCCUAGCUUCCCUUCGGAGAAGCUGAGUAAAGAAGAGAGGAGGCGUAAGAAGAAAGAAGAUGAGGAAAGGAAGCGAGAAAAGGAGGAACGAAAGCGCAGAGAAAAGGAGGAGAAGCGACGUCUUGAACAGGAGCGUGAGCAGGAGUUAGAGCGAGCUCGGAAAAGGGAGCAGGAGAACCAGGAACGCGAGCGGGAGCACGAACGGGAACGAGAACGGGAACGCGAGCGAGAACAAGAGCGCGAACGCGAGCGGGAGCGUGAACUCGAACGCCAACGCGAAAAAGAUCGGGAGAAGGAGAAGGAGCGCGAGCUGGCGGAGCAAAGAGAAAAGGAACUGCGCGAGAAGGAGGAACGCGAACGGGAGAAGCUACGCCGCGAAAGGGAAGCUCAACUGCCACCUCCUGUGACGGCAUUUGUCAAAGCGGAAAAGAAGAAGGACAGGAAGAGCAAAGAAAAACGUCGAAGCAAAGAAGAGAAGAAAAAUCAGGUGGAGGUGAAUACUCCCGUUCCUGACGACAACUCUGAGGAAGGAGACGACGAUAGUUCAGAUGUGGUUUGUCCAUACUUUUCAAGAUUCAAAAUCUGCUCAGUGGAACGCUAUAAUGCGGUAAUUAGGCAUUGUGUUGGUCUUAUUGUUGCACCAGCGGACGAUGUGCCAUGGUUCUGUCAAAAGUGUGCUGGUAAAAAGCAAAGUGAAAAGUCGGGUAAACGUCCCGGAAAUGAUCACUGUCGUAAAGCCAGGCAUCGAGUCCACAUUCUUGUUGUUUGCCGCGUCCUGGCGCGUGUGUGCGUAUAUGGGCGCACGGGAUCAUGUGUUGGAAAGCUAUGCAUUCCUGCAUGUCUAUGCUCCGUGCAUCUGCAAUGA